AUGGGCCGGUUCACGUAUAACCUCGGCCUUGCUGUGCUGGCUGUGUCUUCGGCGUUUGUACAAACAGCUGCAAGCGAGCUGGUCACACGACAGAACGACUGCCAGGAUGUUCAUAUCUUCCUGGCCAAGGGCAACAAUGAGACUGAGCCUGGCCGGCAGGCCAAGCUCGUGGACGCCAUCUGCUCCGGCCUUGAUAGCUGCGACUACGAGGACAUCCACUUCGACAAUAGAUACGAGACAGUCUUCUGCCGUUCACUCGAGGAAGGCGCAAGAAAUGGAAAGACUCAAUUGACCGACUACGCUGAACGGUGUCCGGAUUCCAAGCUCGUUGUGAGCGGCUACUCGCAAGGUGCUCACGUUGUGGGUGAUAUCUUGGGGGGUGGAGGCGGUACCUUCUUUCAAGGCUGCCAGCAAGCACCUAACGAGCCACUUGAUCCCGAGACCAGUCCUGGUAAUAAAAUUGUCGCCGCCCUCCUCAUCGGAGAUACUCGCCACACAGCUGAUCAGUCAUACAAUGCCCUGUCAGGCGCUGCCGGUAACGGUCUCUUCCCCCGGAAUGGUUCGCAACUGGCAGAUCUGAAUGAGUACUCUGGUGUUUUGCAAUCUUUCUGUGUCGCAACAGAUCCUAUCUGUGCCGCGGACCUGGGCCCUGAAGAAGUCGAGACUCAUCUCAACUACUUCGAUAUCUCCUCCAACGUAUUUGGAGAAUGGGUUCAGAACAUGGUUGCUGACAGCAACUCCACGUCGACCAAUUCUACCACGUCGUCUUCAACGGGCUCAUCUACUUCGUCGUCUUCAUCGACCUCUUCUACCUCAAGCAGCUCGUUCACUACCGAGUCUACAAGUGCGACAUCCACCACUUCCGAGAGCUCCGACAGCUCCGAAGCGCCAGUCAGCGAGACAGGCGCAGCGGCAUCAGCGACAUCUUCCACUGACAGUGACAACAGCGCCGCAAUGGUUCACAUCGAGAGUGCCGUGGUUGCUAUAGCCGCGCUCGUGGCUCUCAUGAACAUCUAA